UGUGUGCUGUAGACUGCUUGGACAGCAAGGACAAAAAUGAAGCCUGAAGCCUCAGCUCAUUCUGUCUGUGGAUUUUAUUUCUCACAGCAGCCCAGUGUCUACUUAACAUAUGGGGUGUGGUUUCAAGUUCAUUACUGAAGCUUAUAGGCUAAAGUGCUUUGUGGGCUUGGCUUUGACUUAAGUUGCCUUGAGGGAGGCGGCCAAAAACAGGGAACAGACUGUUUUCCCUGUGUAUGUGGACUCCCAGAGCUGUCAGUGAUUCCUCCCCACUCUGGACUAUCUGCUGCUUUGGAGAUUAGUUUCAUAGUAAAGAGUCUUUCUUUAAAGCAACAUGAAGCGACUGUUUUCACAGGGGCACCAGCCCCUUUGCUUUUACCCUGUCCGAAGCCAACAUGUCACUGAAAACUGAGCCAACAGUAAAUAUAUCUGCGCUGCAGAAAAUCGCUGCUGACAUGAGUAAUUUGAUAGAAAACCUGGACACUCGGGAGCUCCACUUCGAGGGAGAGGAGGUGGACUACGAUGUGUCUCCCAGCGACCCCAAGAUACAGGAAGUGUAUAUCCCUUUCUCUGCUAUUUAUAAGACUCAAGGAUUUAAGGAGCCUAAUGUUCAGACAUACCUCUCUGGCUGUCCAAUAAAAGCCCAAGUUCUGGAAGUGGAGCGCUUUACGUCUACAACAAGGGUAGGAAGUAUCAAUCUUUACACUAUUGAAUUAACACAUGGGGAAUUUAAAUGGCAAGUUAAAAGGAAAUUCAAGCAUUUUCAAGAAUUUCACAGAGAGCUACUUAAGUACAAAGCCUUUAUCCGAAUUCCCAUUCCCACCAGAAGACACACAUUUAGAAGACAGAAUGUCAAAGAAGAGCCUCGAGAAAUGCCAAGCUUACCACGUUCCUCUGAAAACACGAUGAAAGAAGAACAGUUCCUUGGUAGGAGGAAACAACUGGAAGAUUACUUGACAAAGUUACUAAAAAUGCCCAUGUAUAGAAACUAUCAUGCAACAACAGAAUUUCUUGAUAUAAGCCAGCUGUCUUUCAUCCAUGAUUUGGGACCAAAGGGCAUAGAAGGAAUGAUAAUGAAAAGGUCUGGAGGACACAGGAUACCUGGCUUGAACUGCUGUGGUCAGGGAAGAGCCUGCUACCGGUGGUCAAGAAGGUGGCUGAUAGUGAAAGAUUCCUUUUUGCUGUAUAUGAAACCAGACAGUGGAGCUAUUGCCUUCGUCCUGCUAGUGGAUAAAGAAUUCAGAAUUAAGGUGGGGAAGAAGGAGACAGAGACGAAAUAUGGACUCCGAAUUGAUAACCUUUCAAGGACACUUAUUUUAAAAUGCAACAGCUAUAGACAUGCUCGGUGGUGGGCAGGCGCUAUGGAAGAAUUCAUCCAGAAAUAUGGCACCAACUUUCUCAAAGAUCAUCGAUUUGGGUCGUAUGCUGCUCUCCAAGAGAACGUUUUAGCUAAAUGGUAUGUUAAUGCCAAAGGAUAUUUUGAAGAUAUUGCAAAUGCGAUGGAAGAGGCAAACGAAGAGAUUUUUAUCACAGAUUGGUGGCUGAGUCCAGAAAUCUUCCUGAAACGCCCUGUGGUUGAAGGAAAUCGCUGGAGGUUGGACUGCAUUCUUAAACGAAAAGCAGUAUGUACUUUCCAAAUAAAUGCUGAUGUGAAUUCUUAAAUGUUUAUUGCCCCUGAAAUGCCUUUUCUUUUUUAAAGUCCGUCAUGUAUACUUAUAACUUUUUGCUUUAGAGUUUGACAAAAAAAUAGAAUAUUUACUGUUUUCAAGUUCAUUUGGUUCUGAUGUUUUUUUCCUGUUACUCUUGAAUGCAUAAUAUUUUAGCCUAAUUCGGACUAUGAAUUUUAUUAGCAAUUACACAUUUUGUUUUUUAAUCACUUAUGAAUAAUUUUAUAGGCAACAGUUUGUGAAAAAAGAUUUCAUUAUUGAAUAAUAAA